GACUUGGAGAGAGAGGACCGAGAGAGGGAGGGAGGGAGCAGCUUUUCCACUUAUCUCUGCCAUUUUGAAGCGAUCCGGUCAGUCCAGCGGAACAUCCCGAACCAUGACCCGGUGCUGGACACGGACUGGAGCUGAGUAUCUGAAUGAUCCCUAAGGUGGGUUUCCUUCAGGCUGACUCCGGACAGAAAUCUCAAAUCUGAGUUCAAACAACUUUUCCAGUACAAUGUGUUCAACAAAUCUUCCAGCUAACUGGGUGACAUUUGAAGAGGAAGGGACCCCACUCCCGUCACCUCAGAAAACCGUUAGGUCUCCAUCCUCAAGCUCAGGGUCAAUUCCUCGCCCGAAUGGUUUAAAGCUUGUUCUGCCUCCUUUAGGGAACCCAUCUCUAAGCUUGUCCAGCCCACUGGAAUCUCCUCAAAUGCACUUUACCCUCAAUGGGAGCUCACGUGUGCCCAGCAACACUCCGAUGUGUACUCCAGUGAGGGAGACACCAACUGGUCCAUCUCCUUUUUACUCUAGCCCUCAAGGACAGUCUGACUUCUUCAACAGUUUUUCCAGUACACCAACCAGCAUCUCCUCUCCUGAGAAAAGUGCCUCCAACUGGACUCCUGAGGUCUCCUUCCCAUCAUUCCAAGAUGACCCAGGGCACUUUAGCCCUUUUUGGACAGAAAGCAUACACAAGAGAGAUUCUGGAAGCUCCUCCUCAGACUCGGAGCCCAGCUCAACCUUGCCUCGCUUCUUUAUUCGAAGCAAGGAUGGUUAUGAACCACCAAGAGACCAUCUUCAAAACUCUUACUCCUACAUAUGCCACAAGUUAGAGCGACUAAGGGCAAAAGAGGACUAUGAGGAUGGAAAUGGAAAUGGGGAAAGGAGAGUUUCAGAUGUUAGGACACUGAGGGAUGCUGAGAUUGGAGGCUGCCUUUCUUCCUUCGUUCCUCAGGAACUGUUCUUCAGCCAGAGGAGGCAUGGUUGGGCUUUAAUGCUGAGGAUUCCGGAGAAAAAGAACCGUAUGUCAUCACGUCAGUGGGGUCCCAUCUACUUGCAGCUGCUCCCAGGAGCUGUGCUCCAGAUGUACUACGAGAAGGGAUUGGAAAAACCGUUCAAGGAGUUCCAGCUUCAUUCCAACUGCUCGCUCUCAGGCCUGAAACUAGAGAGCUAUGGUGAGCAACGCAAGAUCGCAACGUUGAAGAUUGAGCAUGUGCUGUACACAGAGCGAAAGCGCUAUCACCCCAAGCCCGAAGUCACUCAUGAAGCUGAGGUUGAGCAGCUGCUGAAGUUUGGAACAACAGACUUUGGAGACAUGGAAGACUUGCUUGUGUCCCUUGAGGAGGAGCUGAUGAGACUACCAGGUCCACAUAAGCAACAAAAACAUUAUGAGGAGCAGGAGCUGUCCCUGCAGAUUGCAGACCACAUCUGGAUGCGAGUAGACAAGGACGGAGCCACACUGGAACGUGCAGCCAUUACUCGAAUUCACUGUCUGGCCUUCUUGAAUGGUCCAGGGGAAUGUUUUCUGGCAUUGAAUGACCUUGCACUGCUGAGAAGAGACUCUGGAUAUGGCUCAGAGGAAGAUGAGGAGGUGUGGAUGGAGAUUGAGGACUUCCAUUUUCACAAGUGUGUGCGACAGUCAGAAUAUGAAGACACUAGACUGAUUAAGUUUUCGCCACCUGAUUCUUGCAAGGUGGAACUCAUGCGCUACAGGACUGUAUCCCUUAGUUGUGGCGAGCUGCCAUUCUCGCUGAAGGCAAUGGUCACUGUGCAAGGUGCCUAUGUGGAGCUACAAGCUUUUCUCAAUAUGCAAUCGUCCUUCCCUUUCCCUGGAGCAAAUUCAGAGAUGCAGCCAGUUUGUGAAAAUGUGCUCAUUCAGGUGCCAUUGCCAGGUGACUGGGUCAAAAUGCCUCGUAGUGUGUCGCUGCCAUGGCAGAAAUCACUGAAAGCCCGCAUGAACAGGAAUGCCUGUUUGGGCUCAGUGAACGUCACAGACUCUCAUCCUGUCAUGCAGGUAACUGUUGGUACAGUCAAGUAUGAAAAUGUGUACGGGUCCAUUGUUUGGAGGAUUGACAGGCUUCCUGCUAAGAACAUGGCAGUGGACCAUCCACACUCCUUCUCUUGUAAGCUGGAACUUGCAUCAGACCAGGAGAUCCCCUCUGACUGGUUCCCUUUCAUCACCAUGGAAUGUGAGGUUGCAUACACAGUUGCUUCGCAUACUCGAGUGAUAUCUUUGGGCACAGAAAGCGACAUUCAGCCUCAAAAACACAUCAGCAGCAAGGCCUACUAUAAAUGUCAGGUGGAAAUAGAGAAGAAGGUGAUCGAAGCAGAAUUACAGAAACCAACAAGUUGCGCGACGCAGUGAUCCAGCAUGUUCUCUAACUUUAUCACACUUAAAACCAAUGCAUUAAAUGUUCUUACUUUGGUCUGUUUGUUAACAUUUACACGCAUGGCUCUUCAUUAUUAAAGCAUGAAAUCAUGUAUUUGUUUGAUAACCACAAAGUAAAUACGAUGCAUAAGGUGUAUUGCAUUCUGCCAAAGCAAUGCCUUCCAAAAAAGCUUGUUCAGUAGCCUACAGUAUUGUUGCACUUUAGCCUGUAUUCCAAGGCUGUCAAUGGAUGAAACAUAAUACACAUGAUCAUGUAUGAAAAGGAAAUUCUUAUUAUGAGAAAAACCCUGCUGCAUAGAGUAUCUGACAUGAAUAAAUCAUUACAUUAUCAUGUAAUAUUAUUUAAUAAUGUCUGUUGUUUAAUUGCAUUUUGUUUAUACACUGUAAGCAAUAAACAUAUAUUUGCA